AUGCGUCACGGCGUGCGGCGCGCGGUGUGGCCGGUGUGGGUGCGCGCGGCGGGGAUCGGGGUCCGGCCGCCGCCGCCGCCCCGCGGGGACAUGGCCGAGCCGGGACCCGGCCCCAGCCGAGCCCGCCAGGAGGAGCCGGGCCCCGCCGGCAAGGAGGAGGCGGCGCCGGCCCCCAAGAAGCGGCGGCUGGCGGGCGGCGAGCGGUACGUGCCGCCGCCGCGGAAGCUGAACGCCGGCGUGAGCUUCGGCGCCGAGCACUUCGCCGAGACCUCGUACUACUUCGAGGGCGGCCUGCGCAAGGUGCGCCCCUACUACUUCGACUUCCGCACCUACUGCAAGGGGCGCUGGGUGGGCCGCAGCCUCUUGCACGUCUUCGGCACCGAGUUCCGAGCGCAGCCCCUCGCCUAUUACCGCGCCGCCGCCCGCGCCGGCCGCCUGCGCCUCAACGAGGAGCCCGUGCGCGACCUGGACAUCGUGCUCAAGAACAACGACUUCCUCAGGAACACGGUGCAUCGGCACGAGCCGCCGGUCACUGCCCAGCCCAUCCGCAUCUUGGCGGAGGAUGAGGAGGUGGUGGUGGUGGACAAGCCCUCGUCCCUGCCCGUCCACCCCUGCGGCAGGUUCCGGCACAACACGGUCAUCUUCAUCCUGGGCAAGGAGCACGGCCUGCGGGAGCUGCACACCCUGCACCGCCUGGACCGCAUGACCUCGGGCGUGCUCAUGUUCGCCAAGACCGCGGCCGUGUCCAAGCGCAUCGACGAGCAGGUCCGGCAGAGGCAGCUGGAGAAGGAGUACAUCUGCCGGGUGGUGGGGGAGUUCCCGGAGCACGAGGUGGUCUGUGAAGAGCCCAUCCUGGUGGUGUCCUACAAGGUGGGCGUGUGCCGCGUGGAUCCCAAGGGGAAGCCCUGCCAAACCCUCUUCCAGAGGCUCAGCUACAACGGCAGCAGCAGCGUGGUGAGGUGCCUGCCGCGCACGGGCCGCACGCACCAGAUCCGCGUCCACCUGCAGUUCCUGGGGCACCCCAUCGUCAACGAUCCCAUCUACAACAUGGAGGCCUGGGGCCCGGACAGGGGCAAGGGCGGGAAGAUCGGGAAGACGGAUGAGGAGCUGCUGAAGGCUCUGGUAGAGGAGCAUUGUUCCAAACAGAGCCUGGAGGUCUUGGGUAUUGGGGAGGAGGACUUGAACUCCAGCGGUGAAAGUAAAGACUGUGGGAAUUCAGGUGACUGCACAAAGUCUGUGGAGGCUGAUCCUGUAAAUGGGAGUUCCUGCCCUGCUGAGGACAAGAAGGAUCCCGAGAGGAAUGACGUAGCAGCUUGUCCACUGAACUCUGAUAUCGACCUGGAAACACUUGAUAAAGACAAAGAGCUCAAUUUGUGUGGGAAUCAGGAUGGGCAAACGGGGGAGAAGGGUUGGGAAGAGAAGGACCCUUUGUGUGUGGAGUGCAGGACGAGCAGGCGCGACCCGUCUCCCAAGGAGCUGGUGAUGUUCCUGCACGCCCUGCGCUACAAGGGCGCGGACUUUGAGUACUGCUCCAGCAUGCCCGAGUGGGCCAUGGAGGACUGGGAGGAGUGACCAGGAUACCUGGUACCUGCAGACGCUGCUGGCCGGGACAGUGGUGUGCAGAGACCAAAGAUUGACUUUUCAUUGUGGUUGAGGUGAACGAAGUGUGCCUUGAGCUAGGGUGGGAGGGAUCAGUGGGGCUGGAGAACUGCCCCGUUUCCCACAGGUGCUGUGAAAAAUGAGCAGGGAAAUGAGGCCAAAACAGGAGUUUCAUGUUGCCCUUCAGUGAACUGGCAAUUGAGGGCAACAAGGACUGAGCUCUGCUUGGCACAGGCAGCUUUGCCUUCACCUCAAUGGAUUCUGGAUCAAUUAUCCACGUGGAUAAUGAAGUGUAUGCACUAAAAGUCAAAAACUGAUUUUUCUUCCAGCCUGCUGUGUUCCUGUGUCUUACAGUAAGAGCUGCUGGAUGUCAUGUCAUAAAAAACACAGUUUUUAUUGCA